AUGAAAAAAAAAAGAAAGUUCUCAAAGCAUGGACACAAUGGGAAUAAAAACACAGGAGAUUCAAAAAAUGUAAAAAGAAAAAUAGAUGAAGAAGAAAUGAAUGGAAAAGAAGGAGAUAGUACAAAACUUCAAGUAUCAUUUUAUGGAAAUCGAAAUAUUUUACUUAAAGAUAUUCAAAAUUUUAUAAUAAACUUAAGAAUAAAUAAACAUAUUUUAAAAAAUAAUAUAUUUCAAAUAAAAAAUAAUGAAAAUAUAACAAAUUUAAUAAUUAUGGUUAUACCUAAUUUAUCUUGUACAUAUAUAAGAGAUAUAACAACAGAUAAUGUUUUUAGUAAAUUACAAAAAAAUAAUAACUUUAGAAAAAUUCAGUCUGAAGAAAAUUGUGUAAAAAGUACCUAUAGUAAUCUUAUUACUAAAAUGUUAAGCAUACCAAUAUUAAAAAAUAAUGAUAGAUCAGACAAUAAUAUGAAAUUUAAUAUAAAAGAUUUCUUAUUAACAAAAGAACAAAUGUUUUUAAAUAGAUACCCCAAUUCAGACUCUGUAGAUUAUAUUAAUUUCGAUCAUAUUGAAUAUCAAAAAAAGCAAAAACAAAUUUCUAACAUAAAAAAUUAUUUACUCUCCACUGCCAAUUCGGUAUGCAAUGCUAACACUGAACAAAACGAUGAACCCAAUUCAGCAGAUGCACUUGCCUCAAAUACCAAUACUACAUAUGACACUACUUCUAACACUAAUCAUGUACAAAAAAAAACCUUUACUAAUGAACAUAUAGAAAUGUAUGCUAACAUAUUAGAGAAACUCAUAAAGGUAUCUUCUUCUACCGUACUAAAUGAAGCAUCUAAACAAGAAGCAGAUUCAAACGAAAAAGUGAACCAGCAAAAUGGCGAAACAGAGCAAAGUGCUGAUGACAACUCAAAGAAUUUAAAGUACAAUGGAGAGGAUACAGAUAUUGUACGUGAUAAAGAGAAUGAUGAAACUGUAGAUGACAAUAUUAUAGAUGCAGAGAAUCAAGAAAAUAAAAUAGAACCUGCUCUUAAAACCGAAUCAAAUGAAAAUUGUGAUAUAAACAAUUUUGAAUUUGAUUUAGAUAAUAUUUUUAGUAUAGAUUGUGAAAUGUGUGAAACAUCAGGAGCACAUAGAGAACUUACAAAAGUUACAAUAGUCGAUGCAUAUAUGAAUAUAGUAUAUGAUUCAUAUGUUAUGCCUGAUAAUAAAAUAACAAAUUAUUUAACAUUAUAUUCAGGAAUAAAUGAAAACACAUUAAAAGGUGUUCAUACAAAAUUAUCAGAUGUACAAAAAGAACUUAAAAAUAUAUUUAAUAAUAAAUCAAUACUUGUUGGUCAUUCUUUAGAAAAUGAUUUACAUGCAUUAAAAAUCAAACAUGAUUAUAUUGUUGACACAUCAGUUAUAUAUUCUAAUAAUAAUUAUGGCUUUUUAAAGCCAUCUCUAUUUAAUCUUUCAAAAAAAUAUUUAAACAUUACUAUGGCAAGAGAAAAUGGACAUAACUCGAUCGACGAUGCGCGAAUAAGUAUGUUCCUCGCCCUGAAAAAGAUUAGUGAGUUCGACAACACCGAUUUCCAUUUCGGGUUCCACCCCCUCCCUUUAUUUAUGGAUAGAAAUAAUUAUGUAAAUAUGACAAGCAAUAUGAUUUGUGAAAAGGAUGUAAAUCGAAAAUAUGAUAAAAGUAUGUGUAUAUAUGACUCUAAAAAUAAAUAUAUUGAAGAAAAGAUUUCAAAACAUACAUUACGAAAUUGUUUUUAUUGUCGAUGUGAAAAUGAUGAAGAAUGUAUAGAAAAUCUUGUAAAUAAUAUAAAAAAUGAAAAUAAAAUAAAAAAUUAUAUAGUCAUAUUAAGAGAAUAUGAAAACUUAUGCAAUAAUAAAAUUUAUAAUUGUAUAAAAGAUUCGAAUAAUAAAUCUUUUAAUAUUGAAGAUAAUGAAAAACUGUUUGAUAUCCCAACAAGAGUUGAAACAAAUGAUAUAUUAAAUAAUCUAAGUAAAAAUAUAGAGCUUGUUUAUAAUAAUAUGAAAGAACAUGAUGUUUUAAUUUUACUAUCAUAUAGUAAUAACUAUUUAGCUACUGAAAAAGUUAAAGAUACUUUAAAUCUAGCAAAAGAAAUAUUUUAUUCAGAUAUAAUAAAUAUAGAAGAUAAAACAAAAUAUUUAAAUGAAAAAAUUAAAAAUAUUGAAAAAUAUAUUAAAAAUAAAAAAGAAAGUAUACAUAAUAUAGACAAAGAUACAUCCUAUUUAGAGUUUACCCAUUUAUUACAUACCUAUGAUUUACAUAUCCUUAAUUAUUUACAUCACCAUAAAAAUAGUGACAAAAAUGCAUAUAUAAUGAAUUCAAUCACAAGUUUGAAAAAUACCUUAUGCUUCAAUACGAAAAAGAAAAACUACAAUGGCUGGUUUUCCCUCCUUCUCAAGGGGUAG